CUGUAGUUCUGCGGAGGAGCCGCGUGUAGAAAGUGCGGCAGUGCUGCGCGCGCGGACGCUGAUCAGUGAUCAGUUACUGCGGAUCGAUUAAACCAAUCAGUCUGGUCAAAAAUCUCACAGCAUGAAGUACAGCAUCCGGCCAGCGCGCGCUCAGGACUGCACUGAUAUACAGCGCAUGAUCAUGGAUCUGGCUGUGUAUGAGAAGAUGCCUGACCAGGUGAAGAUCUCUCACAAAGAGCUGGAGCGGGAUGGGUUUGGUCCGAACCCGUUUUUUCAGUGUUUGGUAGCGGAGGUGGCGCAGGAACACUGUUCUCCUGAAGGUCACACGGUGGUGGGCUACGCUCUGUAUUUCUACACCUACAGCACCUGGAGCGGGCGCUGCGUCUACAUGGAGGACCUGUACGUCAUGCCCAACUUCAGAGGUAAAGGUGUUGGGAAAGCUCUGAUGGCGACAAUCGCCAAGGUAGCUACAGAGCAGCAGUGUGUACGGUUGCAGUUCUCGGUUCUGGACUGGAACAAACCUUCGCUGGAGUUUUACCUGUCGAAAGGUGCGCAGGACCUGACGGAUAAGGAGGGCUGGCACUUCUUGCGCUUUGAUGGAGAGGCUCUGGAUAACCUGGCUCAGGAAGCUCCGCCCACUUCCACCUGUUCCACCUGAAUAAACACCACCGGUGUUAUGAACAGUGUUCGGUUAGCGUACAGCGGUUAGCCGCUCGCCGUGCUAACUCCGUUAGAGUUAAUCUGUCCCAAUAAAAUCAAAGAUCAAAGAGUUUUUAUCACAUUAUUAAAAAUUAUAAUGAUUUUUGAGUGAAUUUAGGACUUAAUUUAGAAAAUAAGAGUCUUGUAGCAUUAUUUUACUCUAUCCUGUUAAAAACUGACAGAAAUCAUUAGUUUUGUUUUUUAUCCAGAUCAAUAAAGAGAUUAUGUUGUUUUA